AUGAGGCGCCUCGAAGUUUUCAUCAGGGAGCGGUACAUUGACUGUGGGCAGCAGUUCGGUGCUGGGUCGAGCGCUCUGCUAUCGCCGUUCCUUGCACGGCACAGUGCUGCAUGCAGCAGGAGCAUGAAAGUGCAGGGAGUGGACACCGACGGUGAGCCAAGGGAGCAUGAGUUCACCCUGCACGAGGAGCCGAUUCCUGGCUACGCGGAGGGCGUCGGUGACCUGCCGUCUUGCAUUCGGACGUGCCGCUCGUUUGCGACGGAGCUGCUGUACAACCUCGACUUUCAGCUUGGCGACCUGUCAAACCUCAACGCCGCAAAGCUAUUCAUGCCAAGGUCAUGGCCGCGAGGAAAAGAGGCGAGGGACGCGGAGUGCAAGGAACACCUGGAGAAGCUGGCGGUGAUGUUCCAUGCGCGCGACAGGGAAGAGAUCCUUCCUGGUGAGUUUCCCACCAAGAAGAGGCGACCCACCAAGCGAAAGGCAGCAAAGGUGGAUGUAUCGAGGAGGAGUGGCACAGGGUUCCGGGGGUCACUAGCAGAGAAGCGUGACCAUCAUCACGCUGCUGAGGAUGGGGAUGCUGUAGACAGUGGGGGGGACAAUGAAGAUGAUGCUUUUGAAGAUGAUCAGGUGGAGGAGGAUGAGGGAUUUUGA